UAUCUUUAGCCAAAGGAAAAGCUCCCUCCGUAUUCCCACCCAGUCCAGAAGUUGAAAGUGUCAGAAAGCAAGAGCUUCUCUCUCUAGCUACACGCUCCAUCUCCCAGGAGCUAGGGGCAACCGAGCCAGCGACGUGCAGCGCUCUGCAGGAGGCCUUCUCCCCUCCGCCCUGUGAUCCCGUCUGGGCUGCAAGAGAGCGGGAGUUCCAGCCACUGAGCAAACGCAGAGCGAGGUGCACCCUGCGCUGUUGCGGGGCAGUGCUACCCAGGCGCUGUCGCCCACAGCCACAUGAAGCCUGCUGGGGUGCAGGGGCCACGGUGCAGCAAGCCGGCGGGGACUGAGGAGGACGCUGUCUCAGGAAGGCACUGACUCCCCAGGGGACCCCUUUCCUUGUUCCUGGACAAAAGCGUCUUCUCCUGGGGUCCCUGGUCAUCCUGAAUCUUCAGAAUGAUGGUCCUGAAGUUCCUCUGGAUGGGUUUCCUCUGCCACCUGUGUCAGGGCUACUUUGACGGCCCUCUCUACCCAGAAAUGUCCAAUGGGACUCUGCACCACUACUUCGUGCCCGAUGGGGACUAUGAGGAGAACGAUGACCCCGAGAAGUGCCAGCUGCUUUUCAGGGUGAGUGACCGUCGGCGCUGCUCCCAAGGGGAAGGGACCCAGGCCAGUCGCUUGAUGAGUCUCACCCUUCGAGAGGAGUUCACCGUGCUGGGCCGCCAGGUGGAGGAUGCUGGGCGCGUCUUGGAGGGCAUCAGCAAGAGCAUCUCCUACGACCUGGAUGGGGAAGAGAGUUAUGGCAAGUACCUGCGGCGGGAGUCCCACCAGAUCGGGGAUGCCUACUCCAACUCUGACAAGUCCCUCACUGAGCUGGAAAGCAAAUUCAAGCAGGGCCAGGAACAGGACAGCCGGCAGGAGAGUCGGCUCAAUGAGGACUUCCUGGGGAUGCUGGUCCACACCAAGUCCCUGCUGAAAGAAACGCUGGACAUCUCCACAGGGCUUAGGGACAAAUACGAGCUGCUGGCCCUCACCAUCAGGAGCCACGGGACUCGGCUAGGUCGGCUGAAAAACGAUUAUCUUAAAGUAUGAGGUGGAAGGGCACAAAUGCCAGAGAGAGCAAUCAAAUCAGCUCUGUAGUGGAGGGUGGGGGAUAGAUGAGGGGGCUAAAUUUUUCCUUACUCUUAUAAUAUUUUAUAUCCAGAUUUGCACUUUGAGAAUGAAUCUGAAAUCAUCUUUAAAAAAGAAAGAAAGGGUUGAAAGGUGAAGUGGUUGUUUUAAUUCUGUGCAUUAUUUAUGUGAUUGUUGCAGAUUUAUCUAUCCGUGGGAAAGAACGAUUGAAAGCAAUGCCCCCUCUUUCCUAGUGGGCUUUAAAAUAACUCUGCAGAGAUAUUUGUUUCAGCCACAUCCAAAAGGAUACAGGCUAUGCAGGAGAGACUGAUUAAACUUCCCCUUCCUGGAGAUUAUGGGGAUAUACCCAAGGAGCAUAGUGCCAAGCUCCUUUCACCUUCAGCUUUCUCUCUUGGGCUUUACAAACAAAGUGACUGUUUUUCAAAUGAGGUCCAAGGUGUUGCUCUCUAUGCCUGCCAGUCCAUGGAAGUUGCUUGCUUCUUCUGCUUUUCUCUCUUAUUUAUUAACCAUGGUCUGUGAGUUGUUUUUGUUUUUGCUUUUUUUUUUUUUUUUUUUUUUGUAAGCAUAUUGUUGGGAAACUAUGUGCAAAUCAUCCUUUAUAGGAAGAUUUGCAAGUUUCCUCUGUGGCUGUAUGUAAGUUUCAGCAGCAACACUGAAGAAGUCUAAGCUUUGUGGUAGUUGCCCUCUCAUGUUGAUAUGCUGAUUUGUUAUGUCUCGUUGUGUGUCUAUGCUUUGUCAUCAGUGCAAGAGUCAAUUACAAAAAAGUAGUUUGAACACCCCAUGCAGAAGCCUAUGAUUGAAGUUGUCAAUGUAUUUUUUUUCUCAUUCAGGGGUUUUGCUUCUCUUUGCCUAUUAGAAACUUGUAUUUCAAGGAGUGGGGGGGGGGGGAUUCUAAUUCUAAUAACUCCUUAGCUAAGUUUUAUUAUUCAGCCAAUAAAUGUGUUUUCACAUAAUACUGGCUUAUUUUCUAAUUUAUAUCUGUACAUUUCAUAUUUCAAAGAGAGGCCCAUGCAAAGGAGAGAGGAUGGGAUUUAAGCCAGUUUACUUAGCGUGUAUGAUAAAGAAGGAAGAAGGAAAGCUAUGCAUUUAGCAAUUCUCCCCUCCCUGCUAACCCUUACCAUCCUUGUGAGGAAAAAAAAAAAAAACUAGCUUGUGCCAGAACUUUAAAUUUAAUCUCUGCUGCUCUACUUAAAAACUCAUUUUCUCCAACUUCUCCCAUAGACUCAAUUGGAAUAGUACAUAAAGAAGCUCAUACUUUAUUCACCCUCAUUGUGCAGAGGGAGCAUUUUAUUUUAAUUUGCUAGAACCAUAGUAGAUGCUUAAUCAUUUCAAAGCUGAGUCUAUGUUAUUUACUCAACAGCUUUAAAAGGUGAAAAUUCACUUUAUUUCAUAUCUUCCUCUGGCCAGUCCUCACCAUCACCAUAAAUAUGCUUCUCUCCCCAACCCUCUCUGUCACGCACACAUACAUACACUCACAGGAAAAUAAAUGAAUGUUCCUGUUCAUCUGUUGAGUAGAAAAGUCGUUUAUUUUUCUCCCAUACGUGAGGAAACCAGUUUCUAUGACCAGUUUUGAACUAUUUCUAUGAAGUUCCAAUAUCUUCCUACUACAGUAGGGGAAACUGAGGCCUCAAAAGGGUAAUUGAGUGAUCCCCACUCAGUUAGCUCUAAGAGCCCCAGGACUCCUAGAUUUAAUUGUAGGACUUUCUUAGACUGUUCUUCCUCAAGGAUACUGAAAGAGAAGAGAAAGUGGCUGGAGGCUAAGUCCUUUGCUUACCUAUUUUAUGAAAUGCAAUAGGACAACUUAUAGAACAGCACUUAAAAUCCUCAUUUAUAAUUUCUUUUCAUCAUUCAUGGCUUUUAGCUGCCUUGCAGAUUUGUGUGGGGGAAGGAGUUCAAUGAUCACCACUUAGAAGGGCUUCCUUUUUUAUUCUGUGGGGAAAAAAAAAUCAGGGAAAAAAUAAAAAACCAGCAAGGACAAAGAUGAUAUUUGGUAGUUACAGUUCGUAGAUCGAAGACAGCAUCCUUUCCUGUCUCAAAAUUGUCAUAUCACUUCAAGGUGCUCAGACAUAUAAUUCCCAGAUAUAUCAAAUGCCAUCUUUUUUAUUUUCCCAACUUUAAUAUGAAGAUUUUGGACAUGUGAUAGGGCUGAAAAACUGGUUUCUUUGUAUGUGAUAAUUCAAUCAAUCAGUAACGGUUGCAUAGAAUAUUAUAUUAAGAAGAAUUCAAAAGGCACAGAAGUAAAGAAUGCUGUCCCCAAUUAGGGAUGUCUUCCCUGGGUGCAGGAAGAGGAGUGGCCACACAUCUGCUACAAAUUUGAAAACCCUGAAAUAGAUUAUGUAUGAGGUUCUUUCCAGUGCUAGUCUUUUAUGAUUCCUACAAAACCAGAGGGAAAGUAUCCAGCAUUGAAUUACUCCAUUCAAGGCUAGAUGUGCAUAUUGCCAGUAAUCCCUCAGAGUCUUAUGUAAAUGGUUGAGAGGGUAAAUGGGAGCUUCAAGGUGCUGGGAGGGAGCUGGGGCUGCCCCAACAGCCAGCCCAGAGGCUGGCAGCACCAGGCUUUUCUAACCCUCUGAUGGUGGAGAGCCAGCCCACUGAGAUCUUUCCUCUCCACUUCCUCAUUAUUCUCAUUAGUCUUCCUUACUCACACAGUGACACAUUCUCUAUUACAGCAGUGGUCUUUUACUUCUCAGACCAUGAAACAUCUAGAGUCUGGACAAAACCACAUGCUCUCUUCCAUGAGAAAUCUACUCACAAACACAUCUAUACAAUUUGGGGUCUUACCUGUUUUCAUAAAUAUUUGUUGAUCUCUUAAUCUCCAUCAGAUGCUCAUCUCCAUCAGAUGUUGGUGAUUUGGAGAUGUUACAAUGCCUUGGGACUGUAUCUGUGGACCCAAAGUUUAAUAGAGCCUCUUAAAGUUUUAUUUGGAGCAGAAGGCAAUUGUUCCUGUUGUGAUCAUUAUUACCAAACACAGUAACAACAAAUUUUUACUGGUAAGUCAAUAUAGUGGUAAGGCCCAGUGCUAAGAACUUUGCCUGAGUUAAUUCCCUUAAUUCUGAUAGCAAACUGUAUGAGGAAUUUUAAAAGAGACAGUAAUACAUUUUAAGCACUUUUUUAUAACAGUGUCCAAGAUAGAGUGAAUCCUCAAUAAAUGUUAGUUGUUAUUA